AACCGCCAGCUGCCAGGAAUUGAACACCGCCAUCGUCAUCAUCUGCAUCCUGUGCACUGGCAGCCUACAGAAUGCACCCUCUAGCAAUGCUUGAAACCCGCGGGAGUAAUUGUCGAAGGGCCGUCACUGAAUGAGCCACUUCCUUGUGCUUUCUAUGUUCGCUCGAAGCUCAGGCUUUUCUCCGCCGCGCUGCCUCAGAACACUCUGCCAUAGCUGCUGUGUUCCUAUGCUCGCGCAGCAUCACGUGCCCAAGCCAAGCCGUUCACGCUCGCUCUUUCGGAGUCCUUUCCCGGAACGGCGCCAGCGAACCAGAGACCAUGUCUUUCGCACUAGGCAGUGUCCGUUUUCCAAUAACCAUCUGCCCCAUCACCAAAUGGCGCUGGCAAAGAAAAGGCCACAGCAGAUAAUGAGCAUGUCCGUGGCCGUUGAUUUGAGAUCAACAGUAGCACCGACCGAGCCACAUAGCCUCGCACCUCCACGAAGAACCACUCAAACACUAAAUAUCACUGCCGCAGCACGUCCUCGCCUUACGAGUAGUCUGCUUGAUUAAUCGAGGCAUUCUUGCGAAGCUACAUUCUAUUGGAAUUCCCCAUGCGUUGAGGCGCGACUUUAGAUUCCGGCCACUACCACU